AUGCUGUUGGAUAAAUACCUAAAAACAGAGAUAGGAGCGGCCGUGUGGGCGGAGCGGCACGACGCACGAGGAGAUGUCUGCGGGAGCUCAGAGCUGGCCGAGAGGCGGGGGCUGGUGAGUGGCGUCAAUGUAGGUGAGGCUACGAUCAGUGGGACGAUGUCGAUGAUCGGAGAGGCGCCAAUGCUAGGCCCGAGGAGCGAACAUCGACGGAAGAACGCAGGUGAAUUUGGGCAAGUGAGAUAUGAGAGCGGUUGUUUUAUCAGCAGCUAUCUCGCUCGACAGAAAGGUAAGGAGGGAGCUAGAGUUAGGCGGAGUACGGUGGUUUUCAAAGUUGGAUGA